AUGGAUCAUCUUAAACUGACUGUAGAUAAACUAUCUGUAGACGCUGUUAGUGAUUUAGUUGUGGAUGACAGCUGUGGAGCUGUGUCGUUAUUUGUCGGGACUACCAGGGAUAAUUUUGAUGGAAAAAAGGUGUUAAGGCUUGAAUAUGAAGCAUAUGAAUCUAUGGCCUUGAAAUCAAUGAAGAGUAUUUGUGAUGAUGUCAGGAAUAAGUGGCCGGCCGUUCAUGGCAUUGCAAUUUAUCAUAGGUUGGGCAACGUGCCAUGUAGGGAAGCGUCAGUUGUGAUAGCUGUGAGCAGUCCGCACCGCCGGGACUCUCUCGACGCGGUGUCCUACUGCAUCGACCAGUUGAAAUCCAACGUGCCGAUAUGGAAGAAGGAAAUUUAUGAAGGUGCCGAGCCGGUCUGGAAGGAGAAUGUCGAAUGUAAUUCACCGGAUUCGCCACAGACAACACAAUCGGCCCUAGAAAAUCCCAUAGACAAGAACUUAAUACAGAUUAACGUAUCAAGUGAAGAACUCCAACAGCGUAUACAAAAUUUCAUUCAAAGGAAGAGAGAUCAAGUUAAUAUAAGUAAUAUACACGAUUUUAUUCCGUCGAAAAGUGAAAACGAGACGGAAGAUAUAGAGACAUGUGCAAGAGUGAGAACGCAGUUCGUCAAACGAACGGAUUCUAAGGGGCAUUUGAAAAUUUGCAGAGUACACAAUGAGUGGGGCCCGCAAACUGUAUCCAUGGAUCAAGCUCCAGUCAAAACUGAGGCAGGCUUGCCGGCAGCCAUCGCGGAGAGAGUGCUAGCGAUCGAGUCCUAUCUAAACACGGGGCCCGUGGCGCCGGAUAUAUACAGGCGGCUCAAGGAUAUGGAAGACAAGAUUGCCUGUUUACAGUCUAUAUCCCCAGAAUAUUCCCAUUUUUGGAGCAAUAAGCGGGAUCGUCCAGAAAUUAAAGAGGAGGUGCAAGCGGACUACACGUUCUCUGCCGACGACAUCGCCAGGAAAAUAGAAAUGCUCGAGAAACAACACAAUUGCUAAACGUGUCAUCUCUACUUCCGUGUUAAAAUAUUAUUA